AUGGGCCGCCACCGUAAGGCUGCAGCUCUGCUGCUGUAUUAUAUACAAGUUGUGAUAGUUUGCAGAGCGCUGACUGUGGGAACACAAGCCGAUGACGAGGUCUACUCACUCUGCAACACCACAUGGACCAACAAGACCCGCGUCAACCACAAUCGGCUCAGCUUCAACGACACACGGUUCUUCAACUAUGAGUCGUUCUUCCAGGACACGUGGCUCUUCAACAGCACAGAUUCCUGCAAUAGCACUACACCAGGAUGGAGGUUGACGAACGAGUCAGUUGUGACGACGCCACCUGACAUUAGCUAUGUGGCGUCGUGGGAAGAUGUCCUGUUUCUCGGCAUGUUGGCCUUGUCCGGCCUGGUGGGGACAGUCGGAAACACCGCUGUCGUCCUGGCUUUCUGCCUCUACAAGAAGGUUCGCUCUGCUGCUAACACCUUCAUCCUGAACACCAGCGUCUGGGACCUGGUCUCUUCUGCCGCCAUCAUCCCUCUGUCCCUCUGGUCUACCCUGAGCGGUCAGCCUAACUGCGGGAAAGCCUGCUGUGCCUUCAUAGGUUUCCUGAGCAUGUUCAGUAUCACUCAGUCACUGUUGUCCUGUGCUCUCAUUGCCUUUAACCGCUAUGUGCACGUUGUGCUCUCACUGGCGACUUACAAGCGUCUGUUCAGUCCCGUCAAGGCCUUUCUCUGGGUGGUUGGGGCGUGGGUAACCGGUAUUCUGAUCAUGUUUCCCGCUAUCGCAGGCAAAUAUGGUACCUUGGGGUGGGACGCGCAUGUACAUGUAUGUCAGUUAUCGUCCGAUGAUCCCAAAGGUGUGUUGUUCUUAAAACACGUCCUCAUGUCCACGCACUGGGCCGCUGCGUUCGCCAUCUUUGCGUUCUACGCCCGAAUCUACCUGCACGUGCGAAAGAGCGCCGUGGCCGUCGGCCAGCACCUCGGCCACAGCCCGCAACAAGUGUCCCUACAGGCCGUCAAACGCACGAAGCACAUGUUCUACAUCUACUUCACCUUCUUCGCUCUGACCACUCCUGCCAUUGUCGUGUCUUUCUACGUUGACCCUUACGCCACCUUACUGCCGAAAGCUGUUACCUUCGCCUGCGUCGCGCUUUACUACUGGAACUCUGCCGUCAACCCCAUCAUUUACACCUGGACCCUGAAGGAGUUUCGGCAGGGGUUUAAAUCCAUGGUCCACUGCAGACGCCAUAUUGUCCCUGCCCCUCUGGCUCCCAACCCGGCUGUUGUGAAAACCGUAAAAUUAACAAACCUUAAAAAGGCCCCUUCCCUGUUGACUGUCUCCAACCGUGUUGGUCAGCAACAGGCGGGACCGUCAAUGCCUGAGGUAAAAACCUGA